UCACAUCUCAGAGACACCACGGUACAAAUUAGUGAAUCUGAUUGAUUCAUACCCUACUGGGCAUUGAUAUAUGCACCAAAACAGGCAGCAUUUUCUCUUCCCCAAGAAAAGAACAAAAAGGGCCAAAUCUUGAGCUAUUCGAGGAGCUCUCGUUGAGCCUAUCUAGAGAUCGCGAACCGCUCCGUGUUCGUGGAUCGAUUCAUCCAUCCAGCUAUCGUUUGGAUUCUUAGAUUCUGCUGUUUGGAAUUCCCAAUCGGAUCCUAUUAGGAAAAAUGUUCUUGGUGGAUUGGUUCUAUGGAGUCCUAGCUUCACUAGGGCUGUGGCAAAAAGAGGCCAAAAUCCUCUUCUUAGGUCUCGAUAAUGCCGGCAAGACCACCCUCCUUCAUAUGCUCAAAGACGAGAGAUUGGUGCAGCACCAGCCUACACAGUAUCCAACAUCAGAGGAGUUGAGCAUUGGAAAAAUUAAGUUUAAGGCUUUUGAUUUGGGAGGCCAUCAGAUUGCACGAAGAGUUUGGAAAGAUUAUUAUGCCAAGGUGGAUGCAGUUGUUUACUUGGUGGAUGCUUAUGACAAGGAGAGGUUUGCGGAAUCAAAGAAAGAACUGGAUGCUCUCCUUUCUGACGAGUCGUUGGCUACUGUUCCCUUCUUGAUUUUGGGCAAUAAGAUCGACAUCCCUUAUGCUGCCUCUGAAGACGAAUUGCGUUACCACAUGGGGUUGACAGGUAUCACUACUGGCAAGGGGAAGGUAAACCUUGCAGAUUCAAAUGUCCGUCCACUUGAGGUUUUCAUGUGUAGCAUUGUCCGCAAAAUGGGCUAUGGAGACGGCUUCAAAUGGGUCUCUCAGUACAUCAAGUAAUUGGCAUAGGAAGCUACAUAUUUUGGAUGUUUUCGGAUUAUAAUCUUGUGUUAUAAUGGACCUGUGCCGGAAAUGUUGUCUUAUUUGAAUUUGUUGGAUAUUUACCCCUUAUAUUUUUGGUGAAAUGAUGAAACAGCCUUUUUACAGUAUCAUUUAUUGUUGAGGCAUUGAUUGUGUUCUCUCUUGAUAUUAAGGAAAAUAAUUAUUUCUGGCGAAA